AUGCGUAAACAUACUUCCCCCUAUAGAAAUUCAAAACCAGGAUCUUCUUUAGGAAGAGUUCUCUUUAAACCAGAAAACCAGACCAGAUACAACUCAAAAGAGAAGAAGACGACGAAUAACUCUCCCAUCAGAUUAGUUUUGAAUUCUAGGCACAAUUCAUUUGAAUACGCUACAAAGCAACCAUAAAUGUAACAGACUAUACUCCCUUCGUUGAGCAAAAAACAUUUUCAACUUUAAUAUGUUAUUGGGAUUGGUGGUUUCGGAAAGGUUUGGAAAGUCACUUACAAAUCACAAUAUUAUGCCAUGAAGGAAAUGAGCAAGGCCUUAGUAAUCUAUAAAAGGAGUGUGGCUUCAGUUAUCAAUGAAUUGCGAUUAUUACAAAACCUCAAUCACUCAUUUAUUGUAAAUGCAAUUGCAGCCUUCCAAGAUAAACAGAACAUCUAUUUAGUAUUGGAUUACUUACAGGGAGGAGAUUUAAGAUAUCAUCUGGGACGAAACAGAAGAUUUAAUGAAGAAUAAACAAAGUUCAUUGUUUGUUGUGUCCUUGUGGGUCUGGAAUAUUUACAUUCUCGUCGCAUUAUUCACAGAGAUCUUAAACCAGAAAAUUUAGUCCUAGACUCCAAAGGCUAUGUCAGAAUUACAGAUUUGGGAGUAGCAAGGAAAUUGGACAAUAUGCAAAUUGAUACAAGUGGAACUCCAGGAUAUAUGGCCCCAGAAGUCAUGUGCGGUUUGGAACACGGUAUACCAGCUGAUUAUUAUUCCUUGGGAGUGAUAGCAUAUGAAUUAAUGCUCGGGAAAAGGCCUUAUUAUGGGUAAAAUCGAAAAGAAAUCAGGGAUGCUAUUCUUGCUAAGUAGGCUCAAAUCAAACAGAAAUUAGAAGGUUGGUCUUUGGAUGCUAUUGAUUUUAUCAAUAAGUUGAUAUAACGAAAGCCAUCUCAUAGAUUAACAAAUGUAAGAAAUCAUCCAUGGCUUAGAGAUUAUCCUUGGGAUAAACUAAAUAAUAAAGUCUUACAAGCACCUUAUGUACCAUUGAAUAACGACAACUUCGAUGUCUCUCAAAUUCAUUAUGAAGAUCAAGAAAAUCAACUAAUCAUAAGUCAAACAGGCUUCUUGAUCUCUCAAAACCUAAAUGCUUUUGACGAUUACUACUAUGAACAAAAUCUAAGAAGAAGAUCUUCAUUAAAUCGAACAUUUCUUAUCAAAUGA